AUGCAGCCGCUCGAUGUAUCCGCCAUGAUUGGAUUCAACUCGGCGGAGUAUUUCUUUUCUCUCCAAGGAACUUGGAUUUCGGGAUGCGUACCCGCGGGUAUUUACACCACGAACUCUCCUGACGCCUGUCAAUACGUUCUCAAUCAUUCAGAAGCCAAGAUUUGCGUUUGUCAAGGUGGCAAAAAUGCUGCCAAAAUCGCUUCCAUUCGAGAAUCGCUUCCUCAAUUGAAGGCCAUUAUUGUAUAUUGGCCAGAAGAUGGAGUGCCGAACGUGGAAGACAAUCAAUAUGCAAAAGUAUACACUUGGAAUGAUUGGAUGAAUCUUGGUAACGAUAUUGCUGAUGAAGUGAUAUUGAACCGAGCGAAAGCGAUCAAGCCAGGAAACUGUGCAACUUUAAUCUACACCUCGGGAACGACCGGAAAUCCGAAGGCUGUGAUGUGUUCUCACGACAGUUGUGUGUACAACGCGCAAAACGUGGACUACUACAUCCAUCUCCAAGGAUUGGAGAAUCGUUUUGUGUCAUUCCUUCCAAUGAACCACAUCGCUGCGCAGUACGUGGAUACGAUGAUCCCCGUCUGCAACAAGGUCACUGUCUACCUCGCUGAUCCCAACGCUCUCCGUGGAACCCUCAUCAAGACGCUCCACAAGGCCAGACCGACCUUCUUCGUGGCUGUUCCUCGUGUGUGGGAGAAAUUCGCGGAGAGCAUUCGCAGCUCCUUCGCUCAGGCUUCGUAUUUGAAAUCGCUGCUGAUCUCGUGGUGCCGCUCGGUCGGUUAUCAAGCUGCGACGUCUCGCCAGUACGGAGAAAAGCCGUACUACGGAUACACGUACUCGCUGGCCAAAUAUCUCGUGUUCGAUCCCGUUCGUCAGAAGCUCGGACUCGACCAAGCGCGCUGCUUGGCUGUUUCCGCGGCUCCUGUGACCGACGACACGCUCAACUUCUUCGCCUCGCUGGAAAUGCCGAUCUUCGAUGUGCUCGGCCAGUCGGAAGGAACCGCUCCCAUCUGUUUCAAUACGGACACCAACCAGGAAUGGAGAAUGUACACGACCGGCCGCGUAAUGCGCGGAAUCCACGCGCGAACCGACCCGGACACGCAGGAAGUCCAGUUCAAGGGACGCUUGGUCAUGAUGGGAUACAUGAAGAUGCCCGCAGAGACCGCAGCAGCGAUCGACGAGGACGGAUGGCUGCACACUGGAGACCAGGCCGUCAUCGAUAAGGACGGAUUCGUGAAGAUUACCGGUCGUCUGAAGGAACUCAUUGUCACCGCUGGAGGAGAAAACGUUUCGCCCGUGCCGAUUGAGAACAAGAUUUUGGAGCUCUGCCCCAUUAUGGCCAAUUGCGUCGUUGUGGGAGAUAAGCGAAAGUUCUUGUCCGCACUGGUAUCGUUGAAAACGGUCGUGAAUCCCAUGACUGGCGAGCCCAGCGAUGACUUGCUGCCCACUGUGAUCAGCAUGCUGAAGGAGAAUGGCGGUUCUGCGACCACUGUAGCGGAAGCUAAAAACGAUCCUGCUGUGAACAAAAUGAUUCAAGAAGCGAUCGAUGGUUAUAACAAAGUGGCAAUCAGCCGUGCUCAGGAAAUCCGAAAGUGGUAUUUGAUGGAGCGAGAUUUAUCUUUGGGCCAUGGCGAGCUGACGGCUACGAUGAAGCUGAAGCGAAAUGUGGUGCAUCAGCACUACGAGAAGCAGAUCGAUUCUUUGUAUGUUUAAGGGGGUGAUGUAAUAAUGGGGUUUGGUUUGAAUGGUUGACCAUUCUUGAAUAAAUGAAUGAAUGAACGAAUGUUCCGUGAAUCAAUAUCAAUUU